GAAUGCUACACUCCAAAUACUAUUGUGUUUUCAUUGACAACAUUCACUAUUACAUAUGCAUAUGAACACCAGUCAUUUUCAUCAGAAUUGCUGUAAUAGCAUUAAGAGAUUAUUAUUUUUUCCAAUUUCCUUGGAAGAAAAUUCACUUAAAUUAGAUUAUUUCUUACUUGACUACUCUCCUAUCUUGCCUGUACGUGUAGGUAACUAGAGCCUAUGCAAGUAUAAACUUCAGAAUAAAAAAAAAAAGCAUGAUUUUAUACAUUAAUGAUUUCAAAUAAAAGAAGAGUGCAACAUUUGUGCAUCCCUUCUUACAAGAAAGUUAAGUCCGUGUUCUGCUUAGGAGAGAUAACACUUUUUGUCCCUGUAGGUGGCCCCCCUGGUGUAGCCAUUAGUUGCUAAUUACUUGCAAACAAAUAAACAAUUAACUCCUUAAGCUGCUGGCUGGGCAAGUGUUCAUUGACAUGCUAAAACUUUCUAAGACAGGAUUUUAAUUAGUGACGUCCUAAAUCCAGCCCCCUUGUCCACAAAGCUAUAAGGUGAACUACGGGAAGACCUCAGCCCUGUACUAGCGGGGCAGGGGCGGUAGGGAGGAGGCCGGAGCUGUGUCUGCAGCCCGAGAGGAUGUCUCCCAAUCUUCAGGAAGGUGCUCGGCUUGUGGAAGGCAAACCCUCAUCCACCUCCUUUUCCAUUGAGAGCAUCUUAGGACUGGACCAGAAGAAAGAUGACGCUCCAUCAAUGAAACCCCACAGGCCGUGGGCAGACACCUGCAGCUCCUUGGGGAAGGAUGCUAACCUACGUCUCCAUGUCCCGAGUUUUCCCAAUGGGAUCUCAUUCCCACACCCUGGGGAUCAUCCAAUGCCAGAAGAAAGAGCUAUGAAAUACGAAAAUUACUUUUCAGCCUCAGAAAGAGCGUCUUUGAAAAGAGAGUUGAACUGGUAUAGAGGCCGGAGACCAAGAACUGCUUUUACUCAGAAUCAGGUUGAAGUAUUGGAAAAUGUCUUUAGAGUAAAUUGCUACCCUGGCAUUGAUAUCAGAGAAGAUUUAGCUCGAAAACUGAAUCUAGAGGAAGACAGAAUCCAGAUUUGGUUCCAAAAUCGGCGUGCAAAGCUGAAAAGAUCCCAUAGAGAAUCACAGUUUCUAACAGCAAAAAAAAAUUUCAACACAAAUCUCCUGGAACAGAUAGAAAACUAAACGUGUGAAAUGAUCUUGCAAGUAUAGACCACGAAGAAUCAAGGAAUGGAAAAAGCGAGUGUUAAAAAUGUAUUUUCUUUCCUGCAUUGAAUCUGUAUAUUGUAUUUUUUCCUGAAAACAUACUGUAAAUAAUUACUAUUAUAGCAUGGUACAAAUUAUAUUCGGGCACUUUUAGUUACAAUAAAAACCUUUCCUAUAUUUUUAAAUAAAUGUUUUCAGAAAAGCCGGCUAUUUUUUAAGUGAGCACAGUCAAUCUAAUAAAAUAGUUCCCUAAAAUCAGUAAACUUGUGACUAAGGCAUUCCGCAAGCUGGAUUCCAUUCACAGACUAUUUCAAGCGAAGUAAUCUGGAGAACAAAGGUGUGAUUUAUUUUAACUAGUCUCCUUCAAGUGCAUUGUGAAACAAGAUUGUGCUUAACUGUAAUAUAGAGUGCGAUUGACUUAUGAAUCUUCGAUUUCUUGUGAUUUAUGGCAUAAGCAAUGAGAAUAUCUCACCAAAUAUUCAAACAAAUCCUGAUAGCAUACCAAUUUCAAGGUGUUGGGUUUUUUUUUAGGCAAAGUCAUUUUUGUCAGAGAUAUAAAAACAGCAGCUGUCAUGUUAACACCGUUGGCAUUGCAUUGCACAAAAGCUGCAAAUAAAUGCAAAAUUUAAGUAGUUUGCUAGUUCAUUUAAUGUUGUACUUUUCAUUCAUUAAAGUGAUAGUGCUCA